CAUCUUCCCUUUUUGGCAUCGUCGUCGCAUUAUCUGGUGGUGUCUUCGCCUGUUGGUAUCAUUGCGUUACCCGGUAGCAUCUUCGCAAGUUGGUGCCGUCGUAUUACUCUACCUGCCUGCUAUUACCUGGCGCCUGUCGUUAUCUAA